UAAUCUUCUUCACUUGUUCUAAUUAUUUUCUGGAAAGUUCAAGUUUGUAUCCAAAAAUGUUAUAAUUUCGUUAUGAUUGGUCAAUUUUGUAAAACCGCUCUAUUUUGAAAUUCAAACUUUUUCACUGUGUCAUCCAACGCGACCAAGUAAGUAACACGUGUAAUCCUCUGUCAGCUGUCAGUCGUAUGCCGGGUGAUCUAUUUGUAAACAUUCUACAAGCCGCUUGGCUCACACGUGUAGUUUUAAACAAACAAGUGUUGUGCGUUGUUAAUAUACUUCUUCAUUUCGCAAAUAAAUCAAAUUUCGUUCGAUUAACGAUGAGUUUCGCCGGUCCGAAAGAAGUGAUAGCCGAAGGAGAUACGGUCGUGCUGUAUCUGACACCAGCCGCAAUGCACACGAUCGAUGCGGUGCCACAGAUACGCAACAAAAAGAACGAAAUGAUCGAGUACGUGUUCCAAACGAGUUUCGGUGCGUUAAAGGUGCGCGAUCUAAUCGGGGUCCGGUAUGGUUCCCGCGUUCAGCUCACCAAGGGCUGGGCGCACGUCCUGCAACCGAACCCGGAACUGUGGACCCAAACGCUACCACACCGUACACAGAUUCUCUACACGCCCGACAUCAGCAUGAUACUGUAUCAGCUGGAAGUGCGCCCGGGAAGCAUCGUGAUCGAGUCCGGUACCGGUUCCGGUUCACUGUCGCAUUACUUUCUGCGCGCCAUCCGUCCGUCGGGCCACCUGCACACAUUCGAUUUCCACGAGGAGCGUGUACUAAAAGCGCGCGAAGAGUUUGUCUCCCAUGGGCUGGGCGAUAAUGUGACCGUGCGACAAAGGGAUGUAUGCGAACAGGGAUUCGGCGACGAGCUGAAUGGUGUAGCGGAUGCCGUGUUUCUGGAUCUGCCCGCACCACAGCUCGCCGUCCCACAUGCGGCAAAAGCACUGAAAGAUGAAGGUGGUCGCAUUUGUUCGUUUUCACCCUGUAUCGAGCAAUCGAUGCGAGUCUGCGAAGCACUUGGCCAGUGUGGCUUCAUCGAGGUGCAGAACAUUGAAGUGCUCCAAAUUGAGGACAUCGUACGCACACGCAAUGUCCCCAUAAUCGAGCUUGAUUUUCUCAAAACGAAGGUAAAUGGAGUGGUUUCUAAUAUUGCGAUUGUUGAAAGCACCCUUCAAAACUCUUUCUACUUAUUGAUAAAUUUCUUACAUCAGCGUAUGGAGACGGACAAGGAUCUGAAAACACCCCGGGAAAGCAAAAAGUACAUUACCUCGUCGGCACCUAACACGAUGGCAGGACAUACCGGAUACUUAACGAUUGCCGAGUUGCCACCGCUCUUUGCCCGGUAAUGCACGUCCAAACGAUGGACAAGAAAGAAUGAAACUCUUGACGAAAGAGGGAAAGGAAAUUACUUCGAAAUCGAAAGUGACCAGUUUAAUGAAAAACUUUAUCUACAAUAAAUACAAUUAAAACAUAUUA